AUGGCUGUUACAAUUGAAGAGCUCGACACCACGGUCCGCACCUUCUAUGAAGGUCGCGGAGAUCAGCAAAAAGCCGCCCAAGCUGCACUCAACCAGUUCAAAGAAGAUCCCGAUGCUUGGCUUCUGGUGGACAAAAUUCUCUCGAGCGCCCAAUAUCCACAAACAAAAUACUUGGGUUUGCAGGUCCUCGACCAUGUCAUCAUGACAAGAUGGAAGGUGCUGCCCCGCGAUCAGUGCCAAGGCAUCCGAAACUUCAUCGUACAGUUCAUUAUCCAGUGCUCCAGUUCCGAAGAAUCUUUAAAGCGCAACAAAACCCUCCUCAACAAGCUGAACCUUGUGCUCAUCUCCGUUUUGAAGCAAGAAUGGCCUCACAACUGGCCCACCUUUAUCAACGAGAUCAUCUCGUCUUGCCACGCGAACCUGUCCAUUUGCGAGAACAACAUGAUCAUCUUGCGAUUGUUGUCGGAGGAAGUCUUUGAUUACUCUGCGGAACAAAUGACCUCGACGAAAACAAGGAAUCUUAAGCAGACGAUGUGCGCUGAGUUUUCGCAGAUUUUCCAGCUGUGUCAAGAAGUUUUGACGACCGCCGACCUCCCCAGCCUGGUUCACGCCACUCUCGAGACUCUCUUACGAUUCUGUAACUGGAUUCCGCUCGGCUACAUCUUUGAAACGAACCUCAUUGACACCCUGCGCACUCGCUUUUUAUCCGUACCCGAGUUCCGCAACGUUACUCUGCAAUGCCUGACGGAAAUUGGCGGUCUCCAGACCGGCGGCGCAGGCCAGGCCAACUCUUACGAUGAACAGCUCGUCAAGAUGUUCACCGAGGUCCUAACCACGAUUGCGGACAUUAUCCCCGUCUCACUCGACUUGAAGACCACGUACCCUAGCAGCAACUCUAGGGACCAAGAAUUUGUCCAAAACCUGGCCCUCUUUCUCUGCAAUUUUUUUGGAACACACUUGAACCUCAUCGAGAACCUCCCGAAUCGAGACUACCUGAUGCAUGGGCACUACUACCUGAUCAGAAUAUCCCAGAUCGACGACCGUGAAAUUUUCAAGAUUUGCCUGGACUAUUGGCUAAAGCUCGUUCAAGAGCUGUAUGAGGAAAUGCAGCAACUACCCAUUACCGAUCUCAACCCACUCAUGGCUGUCGGAGGCAUGUCCGGCAGCGGUGCCCCAAACCCUACGCUUUUGAUGAAUUACCCGCUCCGCAAGCACAAGUACAACGAAGUUCUUUCGAACCUGCGUGUUGUCAUGAUCGAAAGAAUGGUUCGGCCCGAGGAAGUACUCAUUGUUGAAAACGACGAAGGCGAGAUUGUUCGAGAGUUCGUCAAGGAAAGUGACACGGUCCAGUUGUACAAGACGAUCAGGGAGUGCCUGGUUUAUCUCACACAUUUGGAUGUGGUUGACACCGAGAACAUCAUGACGGAAAAACUGGCCCGUCAGGUCGACGGUACCGAAUGGUCAUGGCACAACUGCAAUGUCCUGUGUUGGGCAAUUGGAUCCAUCUCUUUGGCCAUGAAUGAAGAAACCGAGAAACGGUUCCUUGUCACCGUUAUCAAGGAUCUUCUGGGCCUCACGGAGAUGAAGCGCGGAAAGGACAACAAGGCCGUGGUGGCCAGCAACAUCAUGUACAUUGUCGGUCAAUACCCCCGAUUCCUCAAGGCGCACUGGAAAUUCCUUAAGACGGUUGUCAAUAAGCUGUUCGAGUUUAUGCACGAGUCUCACGAGGGUGUGCAAGACAUGGCCUGUGACACCUUCAUCAAGAUUGCGCGGCAAUGUCGUCGACACUUUGUUGCGCUCCAGCCAAGCGAGCAGGAGCCGUUCAUCGAAGAGAUUGUGAGAAAUAUGGGCAAGAUUACGUGCGACCUCACUCCCCAGCAAGUACAUACUUUUUACGAGGCAUGCGGCUACAUGGUUGCCGCUCAAGGCAAUAAGCACCAACAGGAACGCCUUCUGGCCGAUUUAAUGAAUAUCCCUAAUGCCGCUUGGGAUGAGAUCAUCAAGCAGGCUACUGUGAACCCAUCCAUCUUGCAAGAUGCAGAGACCAUCAAGGUAAUCGGUAACAUCAUGAAGACUAAUGUGUCGGCAUGCUCCUCUAUUGGGCCCUACUUUUACCCGCAGAUCGGCCGAAUCUAUCAUGACAUGUUGGAGAUGUAUCGGGCAACCAGUGGCCUAAUAUCCGAAGCUGUUGCUCGAGACGGCGAACUGGCUACAAAGAUGCCCAAGGUUCGGGGGCUGCGGACCAUCAAGAAGGAAAUCUUGAAGCUCAUCGAGACAUAUGUCGAUAAGGCUGAGGAUUUGCAGGCUGUUCGGGUGCAAAUGGCUCCUCCCUUGCUUGAUUGCGUGCUUGUCGAUUACAACCGCAACGUUCCUGGUGCCCGAGACGCCGAGGUUCUGAAGGCCAUGUCUACCAUUAUCACGAAGCUCUCAGCCCUGAUGGAGGACCAGGUGCCGACCAUUAUGGAGAAUGUCUUUGAAUGUACGCUGGAAAUGAUCAACAAGGACUUCUCAGAGUUCCCGGAACACCGAGUGGAGUUUUUCAAUCUUUUGCGCGCCAUCAACUUGCACUGUUUCCCGGCUCUGCUGAAGCUGGAUAACAACCAGUUCAAGUUUGUUAUCGACUCUUGCUCUUGGGCGUUCAAGCACGACAACCGCGAUGUCGAGGCGGCUGGCCUAAACAUGUGCCUUGAACUGAUCACCAACAUUGCCGAGAAGACGGAUCUGGGAACGGCCAACGCUUUCUUCCAACGCUUCUUCAUGACGAUUUUGCAGGACGUCUUGUUUGUUGUCACUGACAGCGAUCACAAGGCUGGCUUCAAGACGCAAUCCAUGCUGCUGAUGAAGCUGUUCUACUACGUCUACCCAGCAGAUGGCACACCGCCGAAGAUCCAGGGUCCCAUCUACACCCCUGAGCAGGCCCAGGUUGGCACCAGCAAUAAGGAAUACCUAGGAAACUCUGUGGCUACUCUGCUACGGAAUGCUUUCCCCAAUCUGCAAGCUGCCCAGGUGGCGAGCUUUGUAGAAGGGUUGUUUUCGCUCAAUACCCAGUACGACAAGUUCCGGUUGAAUCUGCGAGACUUUCUCAUUUCCCUCAAAGAGUUUGCUGGCGACAAUGCCGAGCUAUUCGCCGAGGAGAAGGAACAGCAAGAGCGUGACGCGAAGGCUGCCGAUAUGGAGAGACGACAGAAGGUGGGCGGUCUGCUGAAGCCGUCCGAGUUGGAGGACGAGGAGCUUUGA